GUGGUGCUGGUGCACAAACUUGACUCUUUGACAAAUCACAUGGCGACUGUAACUUUUGGAAGUAGUAAAACACAUUUCUAUUAAAAUUCAUAAAUGGUGUCGGACCCCAAAAAGGUUACACUAUUGUUUAGAUAUGGAACAGAACCCGACAGCGACAAACGAGAAAAUUGACCUUUUCGGUUUUAAUUUAAUUUAUUGUUUUUUUUUUUACUAAAAAUGCCAAUUAAUAAAUGAUCACAUCACUUUCCAAAAAUGUAAUUCAUUGCAGUGACUACAUCCAGAUAUUCACACACAUAAAAUCAGCUUUUCUUUAAUUGCGUCCGGUAUAUCAGAAUCUUAAGAAAUUUGUUAUUUUCUGUCGUAGUAUUAAUUUCUUUUUUUUGUAUAAAUGGAAAUAAAAAAUGAACAAGAUAAAGUUAACACAGACUUUUAAAAAAAAAACUUUGAUGAGCUAGGAAGGAAGGAAAUCACGUGGACUGGCAUGCAAAUUCAAUGUACUAUAUUAGUAUAAUUAACUGCUGCAAACAUGGGUUUGUGCUCAUCCCAACCAACUAUUUCCGAUUUUGGUUGAGGUUGUAUAUAUAUGGUUGUACCAGAAUUAGUAUUAGAAUGCUAAUUUUAAAAAAUUUAAAGUGAACAGACUUUUUAAAACCCAAAAGUACAUAAGUAUGCGAGAUUGGCUCUCGUCAUGGAAUCCUAUAACAUAGGAUUCACUAUGUAAAGCGACAAUUUGGAAAACCCACUUAGUCAAGUGGUUUGAAUAAAAAUUCAUAUUCUACACCAUGAGGUCUGAGUUUCAAAUCCCAGCAAACGCGAAUUAUGCAGAUUUAUGGAGAAAAAACAUAUAGAAGAUCUUCGGCAUGACGCAAAGAGUACCGUCAGACAUGGAUCUCAUAGGACGGCUGAGGAUGAUGCAGUCAGACGUGAAUCCUCAUAAGACAUGUAGAAUUGUCGGCUGUAAAAUCGUCUUGUAAUAUUUCUCAUAGUUUGUAAUAUCAUAAUUAAACAUCGACAAAAAAAAGCGACAAUUUAAAUUCUUAGAGUAAGUCCAUUGGGGUUCCUAACAAAACUGAAAAAAAAAAAAUCAAAAAGUCCAAAAUAAUGAAGAAUCGCUGCAUAAAUUGGGUUUUUUAGAAAUGGUAAGAAGCCCUAACGUGGCGCCUUGUGAUUGGACCCCCCCUCCCCGUCAAUUGCUCUCUCUCUCCUUCGGCGCGAAGGACUUUCCUCUUCAUUCUCGACUUCUCCGUCUUCGCAUGCAAAGCUCGUUUUCUCUCUAGAAUCUCGUCUCCAAUCUCGUUUAUACUCUCGAAUCUCGUCUCCAAUCUCGUUCACUCUCUCGAAUAUGGUUGAUGUCUACCACGCUUCCACAUCCUCAGAGUCUUUCUAUACUCUUCCUCUCAUCAUCACGUUUAUCUUAUGUCUUCUCCACUGAUCCCACCAACCACACUUACUUCUCUCAAUGGCGACGAUGUACGUUCCUCCGGCAAUCGAAUCCAGUGACUUCAAAUCUCCUAAGAUCGCCUUUCUUGCUGUAUUACUCGUUGAGGAUACUCGGCGACAAGAAGAAGAAGUCUCUUUCCAAGUCUUCAUCAUCCUCCUCUGCUCCAAGAUUCUCCAUGCGUGUCUUCUCCAAGCACGCUUAUAUCUGCAGUGAUUGAGGGUCUCUUUCAAUUCCUCCCCUCUCUCUCUAACAUAUAAAAGUUCAUUGAUCAUUAACAUCUCUUUUUAUUGAUUCACAUGUACAUAUACAAUGACCGAACUCUGUUCGAUAAGUUGCCUGAUAAUUACUUCUGUCCAGGUAUGGUGAUUACUUUGAAUGUUUUUUUUCUUCUAGGAACUGUGUUUGGUUUUCAACGGUGUUAGCAACAUAUUGAGAGACGAUGGCAACACGAGAGAAGUAAGUGUGGUUGGUGGGAUCAGUGGAGUACACACUUUGAGAGAGAUUUGUGAAGGUUACAACUUUAAUUUUUCCUCUUGUGGGAUGCAGGUUCUUGGUGGUCGCCAAUGGUAUAGCUACGGUUUAUUCAUUGUUGCAGCCAGGAUCGUUGUGUGAUGGGUUCAAUGAAAGGAAGUGUUUUUCUCAACAAGUCUCUAGCUUGGGCCAUUUUCUCCGGCGAUCAGGCGAUGGCUUACAUGAGUGUGGCGGCUAUAGCAGCAUCAUCAGAGUCUGGUGUGAUUGGAAUAAGAGGUGAGGAAGAGCUGCAAUGGAUGAAGGUGUGCAAUAUGUUUGGCAAAUUUUGUAACCGAGGAGCUGGAGGAGUAGCGAGCGCCAUGCUUGCUUCCUUUGCUAUGGUCUUGGUCUCUCGCAUUUCCGCUUUUAGUCUCUUUCGCUUGUACGGUGCCACCAACCAAAGACCACCAAACCUAGCCGUGGUGACGAAGAAGAAGCAAGAUAAGUUCGAACAUCCCUUUCUCCUGUUGUCUCGAUUUUGGUUUAUGAUGUCGAUGAAAACUGAUGUAGAUUACUAAUAGAGUUUUGUUUGACUGUUGAAAAGAUUGAAUCUUUUGCAUAGAAACAGAGUUGGUUUGUUUGUUAUAACAAGUGUUGAUGAUGAAUUGGUUAAGGGAAUGAUUAGCUAUGGUGGGAAUGAAUGUCUGUGGAAAUUGAAAUGCUUAAGUUAAAAAAAAAAAUUAAAGAACCCAUAUGGGGUUCUCCCACUGGAGGAAGAACAAAAUAUUUCCACUAACCAAGGUUCUUAACUUAUCAAAUCAACUUUAAACCUACUAAUUUAAUCAUUAGAGCCCAUUAGGAGUUCUAAUGGAUGGAGUCGGUCUUAUACGUCUUAUGUGUUCACACAUACACAGAUCAACGAGUUUGCAUAUUCUAUUUAUUUGCAAUUUGUAACAUUCCAGUUUUGAUAUAUGAUGGUUUUUUCCUGAUACAUCUCCUAAACUAUAUUUGCGAAGUGAUUUUGCCACAUGUCCUC